GUCCCGAGUCAGCGUAGAGGGGCGGGUUCGGCCGACCCGCGGGCCAGCUGUAGCCUGUCCUAGUUGGGUGCUGGCCUGCCGCGCUCCGGCAGCUCUGGCUGAGUCUGCGCGAUGGGCGACCCGGAAAGGCCGGAAGCGGCCAGGCCCGAGCAGGAUGAGAGGUUAUCUUCAGAUACCAAUGAAAUGGAAGUGAAGUCUAAUGAAGAGCCACUCCUAAGAAAGAGUUCUCGCCGAUUUGUCAUCUUUCCCAUCCAGUACCCUGAUAUUUGGAAAAUGUAUAAACAGGCACAGGCAUCCUUCUGGACAGCAGAAGAGGUUGACUUAUCAAAGGAUCUCCCUCACUGGAACAAGCUUAAAUCAGAUGAGAAGUAUUUUAUCUCUCACAUCUUAGCCUUUUUUGCAGCUAGUGAUGGAAUUGUAAAUGAAAAUUUGGUGGAGCGCUUUAGUCAGGAGGUGCAAGUUCCAGAGGCUCGCUGUUUCUAUGGUUUUCAAAUUCUCAUCGAGAAUGUUCACUCAGAGAUGUACAGUUUGCUAAUAGAUACUUACAUCAGAGAUCCCAAGAAAAGGGAAUUUUUAUUUAAUGCAAUUGAAACAAUGCCAUAUGUUAAGAAAAAAGCAGAUUGGGCCCUGCGAUGGAUAGCAGAUAGAAAGUCUACUUUUGGGGAAAGAGUGGUGGCCUUUGCUGCUGUGGAAGGAAUUUUCUUCUCAGGAUCUUUUGCUGCUAUAUUCUGGCUAAAGAAGAGAGGUCUCAUGCCUGGACUCACGUUUUCCAAUGAACUGAUCAGCAGAGAUGAAGGACUUCACUGUGACUUUGCUUGCCUAAUGUUUCAAUACUUAGUAAAUAAGCCUUCAGAAGAAAGAGUGAGGGAGAUUAUUGUUAAUGCUGUCAAAAUUGAGCAGGAGUUUUUAACAGAAGCCUUGCCAGUUGGCCUCAUUGGGAUGAACUGUGUUUUGAUGAAACAGUAUAUUGAGUUUGUAGCUGACAGAUUACUUGUGGAACUUGGAUUCUCAAAGAUUUUUCAUGCAGAAAAUCCCUUUGAUUUUAUGGAAAACAUUUCUUUAGAAGGGAAAACAAACUUCUUUGAGAAACGAGUUUCAGAGUAUCAGCGUUUUGCAGUUAUGGCAGAAACCACAGAUAACGUCUUCACCUUGGAUGCAGAUUUUUAAAACUCUCCCCUAUUUAAAGACCCUAUAACCUCUCAUUGCAUGAAGAAUCAUGGCCUGGAAGGACUUAGGAAGACAAUUUGAUCCAGUGCUUUCAGACAGGGCUGGGUUUUGCUGUCCAGUUACAUACAGUAAUUAACAAUUAUUUACACAAUAUAAGCUGACCUUAACAAUAUCUUGUUAAAUGAAAAUUUUAUAGUCAUUUCAUUUUGGAAUAUCCAGAUUAUUCUGCUGCUUUUGCCAUUUUUUUCAUUUGUUCAUGGAAAAAGUACUGAAAAAAUAUUAUAUAUAUUUAAAAAAUAAGUUAUUUAAUAUUCAGAAUUUUGCAUUUUACAUUUGAGUAUGAUAACAUUACUGUCAUAGACUUCCAGAUUUCCUUUGUACAGCUUAAGUGAAGAGUUAAAUAUCAUGAAUGCUGAUGGGCUGCAUGAAAGCCAAAUCAAGCCUAUAAUUAGGUAUCAAGAUUUCGAACCAGGUUGAGUGAAUGGGUGGCCAACUCAGAGCAGAAUCUGGAGGAAUGGCACAGAAGGUUCUAUUUUUCUCACUAUUUACCUUUAAAUGGUCUGUUCCUUUGUAAACUGCUGUAGGUUUGAAGAAUAAUCUGAUAUUCUUGAGGCCUUAGGAAAGGAUUUAAUCAUUGAAUUUUGUAAAAGGAAAUAUAUGUAAAAAUGGAAGAUUGGAGAAUGAUUCUUUUGUAUAGUUAAGUAAAUUCACAAUAUUCUUAAUUUAUGGGCUUAACUCUGUUUUACAACUAUGUUUAGAUUUUUCCAAAUAUCUGAUCAUUCAGCAAAAUUAUUUAGCAUCUACUCUGUAUAUAGAAAUCUUUAUAAGAUGUGUUAUAACAAUUUUUUUUUUUUUUGCUAAAAUACAUUAUGGUCAGUUAAACCAACCCUGCAUGUACAGAAUUCAGAUUUUUUUCAAAGAAAGAAGUUGUUAAUUUUGGUUUAGUUGUUGAAAUAAACUGUAUCAUUGCUA